AUGAUCCGGGACGGCGGCUGCAGAGAUUCCCCCCUCUACUACUACGGCAUCAAAUUCGCCCUGUCCGCCUACGCCACCCUCUUCUCGCUGCUGGGCCUGGCCAUCCUGUGCGUGGGCGUCUAUGCCGAGGUGGAGCGGCAGAGGCACAAGACGCUCGAGGGCAUCUUCGUGGCGCCGGCCGUGCUCCUGCUGCUGCUCGGAGCCACCAUGUUCAGCGUCUCCUUCGUGGGCACCGUGGGCAGCCUCCGCGACAACCGCGCGCUGCUCAAGGCGUUUUUCUGCAUCCUCCUGGCGCUCUUCAUCACGCAGCUGCUCCUCAUCCUCGCCGAGAUCAUCUUUGAGAACAAGAUGAACGCCGUUUUCCACUCCAAUAUCCAAGAGGGCAUUAGACACUAUUAUGAUGACCUCGACUUCAAGAACAUCUUGGAUUUUGUGCAAGAAAAGUUUUCCUGCUGCGGCGGUGACGAGUACAGCGACUGGCGGGUGAACCUGUACCACGCGUGCAACGGCAGCGGCCCGCUGGCCUGCGGGGUGCCCUACACGUGCUGCGUCCGCAAG